ACAUUGGAAUUGAUGACAUUGUGGAGUUGUUUAUUUAUUUUCACGAAAAUUCCGUCCUCCUCACUAGAAGACCAAAAGGUGACGUGUUGUGUGGAUGAUGAAGUGGCACAUUUUUCUGUUUGGGACAGCCAUCCUUGGAAUUCACAUAUUGGCCGGUGUAUAUUCCCUGAAUUACAUCACAGUACAGAGAGGAGCAGUACAAGUGAAGCAAGGACAUAACAUCAGUUUGUGGUGUGAACUGAAAUACGUCCCUAAACGAGUAGUCCCGGUUCAUUGGCAGUCGCCCCCAACUUUCAAAACAAGAACUCUCGAUUGUGAUUGUUAUGAAAGUGCAAAGGAUAAAUAUGCCAUGUCAUGUUCAGACACUACCGACCCUUUUGCGUUUUAUAAUAUGACAAUAAUGGAUGUCGAAUGGGCCGAUAAUGGGAUAUAUCGGUGUCUGCAUGCCAACGACAUGGACAUUGUGGAUUUACAGGUUUUGGUUCCGGUUACAGAAGUGACACUAGAAAAAGUUGUCAACAGCACCGCUGCAGAGCCACAGCACUUGUAUCAGAACUUCACCUGCACCACAAACUGUGCAUCACCGGCACCCAAGAUUUCAUGGUUUGUAAAUGACCAACCAUUUCAUAACAACGUGUCGGUCACAGAGUUGGGCUGCUCAGGGGCCAAGAAGGGCCAGAAACGGACUGAGAGCAGAGUGACAGUAAUUAGCACAGUCAUGGAUAAGGAGAGAAAAGAAUAUAACAUUUCCUGUACGGCAGAAAACGUUAUUGGAGAGCCAAAGGUUUCUAAGGCAAUAACUGUCAAUAAUAAUGCACUGACUGGUAUUUAUUCCCGAACUGAUAUCACAGUGCAGCCGGGACCAGUCAAAGUGAUACAAGGACACAGCGUCAGUUUGUGGUGUAAACUGAAAUAUGACCCUGAUAAUGUAUUGCCGGUAUUCUGGCAGUCGCCGCCUAAUUUCAAAACAAGAACAGUCGAUUGCUAUUCUUUUCUAAAGGAUAAAUAUGUCAUGUCAUGUUCAGACAUUAACGACGAUGUUGAGUAUUACAAUAUGACAAUAAUGGAUGUCCAAUGGGCCGAUAAUGGGGAAUAUCGGUGUCUGUAUACCAAACAUAUGGACAUAGUGGAUUUACAAGUUUUGGUUCCGGUUACAGAUGUGACACUAGAAAAAUUCGUCCACAACUCCGCUGCUGAGCCCCAGCGCUGGGAUCAGUACUUUACCUGCACCACAAACUGUGCAUCACCAGCACCAAAGAUUUCAUGGUUUGUAAAGGACCAACCCUUUGGCGAGACAAUGGUCAUUGAGUUGGACUGCUUAGGGGCCAAGAAGGGCCAGAAACGGACUACGAGCACAGUGAUGAUAGUAAUGAGCGCAGACAUGGAUAAGGAGAGUACAGAAUAUGACAUUACGUGUAUGGCAGAAAACGUUCUUGGAGAGCCAAAGGUUUCUAAGGCAAUAACUGUCAAUAAUGAUGUAAACCCAGGUCCACCUCAGCCCAAAAUCGUUGAAGUUGCUUCUACAGCCGCGACAAUAGCACUAUCUCCUUGGCUUGUCACAGCUGUCAUCAUAAUUGCUGUGCUCGAAAAAUAUUGUCAGCAGCUUAUCAGAGUUAAUUCAAGGAAAGCCAGGUCCUAUACACAAUGUUCGGAUCCAAAUAUUGUUGUUAAGCAUUCUAGCUCGGAUGGUGAGAGCGACAUAUUAGCAGGGGGAGACCCAUUUAUUCAAUCACGAGGAGUAUUAACAGUGGCAGUCCAACCUGUUGAGACAAACCCACAGUUACUAUAGAUCUCACUUCCGAUAUCAACCACACCCCAGAGAAAUUGGCUUCGAACAACAUCGCUGAUCAAGACAGUAGCAACCAGACCAAUAUGGCUCGUUACUGACUUCGGGGGAGACC